UCCGCGCGUUUCCGGUGGCGGGCUUGAGUGGGCGCUAUGGCUAAACAUCAUCCGGACUUGAUCUUUUGCCGCAAGCAGGCUGGUGUUGCCAUUGGAAGAUUGUGUGAAAAAUGCGACGGCAAGUGUGUGAUCUGUGACUCCUACGUGCGCCCCUGCACCCUGGUGCGCAUUUGCGACGAGUGUAACUAUGGCUCCUACCAGGGGCGCUGUGUGAUCUGUGGCGGCCCCGGAGUCUCCGACGCCUAUUACUGUAAGGAAUGUACCAUCCAGGAGAAGGAUAGGGACGGCUGCCCCAAAAUUGUCAAUUUGGGGAGCUCUAAGACAGAUCUCUUCUACGAACGCAAAAAGUACGGCUUCAAGAAGAGGUGAUGUGGCCACCUCAUCCCCCCAUGGAGCUGCUGCAGCCGCCCGAGACGACGCCCACUGCUGCCAGCGCACGGCGCACGGCCCCUCCCCGCUGCCCGCCCGCGCGGCCCUCGCCACCCUCUUCCCACCCAGAUGGGCUAGAAACGGAAAAGGCUUCCUCACGCGCUCUGGCAGGCUGUGUCAGGAGCGGGUAGUUAGUUCUUGGCUGUCCUUGAGUUCGAGAAGCAAGGCUCUUUCCCAUCUUGCGGUGUUGUGUCCUCCGCCAGCCUCUGAAUCGGAAUGGCAGCAGCUGGGGCCUGGGGGUGGGUGGCGAGGAGCUCCCUGCCGUGACAAGCUGGUCCCCACGGCUGCUCUGGUGGCAGCAUCCUCGGAGGGACCUGCUGCUCGCGGGCGACCUCGGAACAGCGGGUGUGGGGUUGUGCCCUUGUGGCCCUACCAGACCCUGCUAGUCAUUUUCUCCUGAGAAGUUGGAAACCUUUUCUGUUGCUAUUGUGUUAAUAAAGUGGGUGUUUAUUUUCUCGUCA